AUGGGAUUUGUAAGUAAUGAUGAUACCCAGAUGCAAAUCUCUGUCAGUGCUGUGGAGACAAACUCUAACUUGGUUUUCAAUAAUGCAGAGUUUAUAGUUGGUGCCGUGUUGAAUUGGAAAUGGAAUGAAUUAGCCAUAGACUUUGCUGAUCUCCAUAAAACUUCGGCUAGUUCACUUGUCAAUAUGACAACCUUAUUGGAUCCAAAGAAUAAUCAUGUUGAUAAUUCAGACAUUUUUGGUCCUUCACCUCCAACAGUGUUUUCAACCAUUUCACAAAAUGUUAUUCCUCAUCUAUCUCAACAACAACCAUCACAACCACCAUUGGCAACAUUAUUUACACCAUCGUCAUCCCUUCCUACAUCAUCAAGAAUGACUCAACCAUUUGGUAACAUUUCAAGUUUUCCUUCUGCUCCUCAUGUUAAUAUAUAUAGUGGUGCUGUUGUUGGUGGAAGCGCAAGUAGUUCUGAAAUUAUUUCUAAUUUUUCAAUUCCAAGUUUUUCGGGAGGAACUAUUCCUAGUUUUUCCAGUUGUGGUCCUACAAACAACAUGAUUCAUUCCACAACAUUUGAAUUUCAGCAAAAAAAGUAUGAAGAAAGAAUAGCCCAAUUAGUUCAAGAACGUGAUGAACUUGCUCAAAGAACUGACCAACUUGUUUUGGAAUGUGAUACAUUGAAGAAAUUGAAUGAGGAGCUAGUUAAAUCCGAAUCAGAGGCCAAAAAGAGAACUUCUCAAGUCGAAUUCCAUUUUAAACAAAAGAAGAGAAAGGUCAGGGAAGCUUUAGCAGCAGUCUGGGUAGAAGAUGAAGAUGAGGUAUGUAAAGCAACCUCCUUCACAUUCAGAGGAAACACUUACUCUCUCACACCAAUACAACAAGUAGAAGUGAAAACUAUUGGUCAAUUUGGUAUGGCUGUUGAUAAACUUGUGGAGAUGUUCCAUUUAGAAAAACCUCCAUACUCAAAUAAUGAUUUGAAGGAAUUGGAAGUGGCUGCAAUCAAGCUUACUACUGUCGAUGCCGUUGAGGAUCAGAAGGUAAAAAAGAAGAGAUUUGAUAAUUAUCGUCAGACUAGAAAGAAAGCCCAGCAAAAGAACAGUGAUAGUAGUAGUUAA